AUGAGUUCGUCGCCGUCAAACACUGGAAUGAAUUCGUCAGCAUCAUCGCGAAAUGCCCCGAAAUUAACAGCAACGUCAUCAGAACAAAUAUCAAUAGCGUUUAUUAAACGAGCUCUUACCCCAAAAGCCACAUGGACGCAUAAGGAAGAAUUUCUUGAUGCUGUCUAUUGGCUUCGGCAAGUACUAAGUAUAAUUAUUGGUGUUAUUCUCGGCAUCUUAUCUGUUAAAGGUUUUAUGGGUAUACUUGCAUUUGGAGUAGUCAGUUCAUUGAUUGUUUUUAUCUACGCAACAAACAUUCAAAAUGUUGAUCCGGAAGAGUAUGGCGGUAUCGCUGAGAUAAUCAAAGAAGGUUUUAUGACAGCGUUUGCAACAUUUCUAGUUUCAUGGGUUGUACUUUAUUCAACAUUUUACACUGGAAAUUCAUCCAUUCCACCCAUAUAG